UCCAGCGCAGUGGUUCCUCCCCGCGCAUGCCAGUUGCUCCUGCCCAGGAGGCAGCCGCCCUUUUCGCCAUGAGCUCCGAGGACGAGCAGAAGCGGCGCUUGAUCCGCGAACGGAUUCGGGAUUUCCCGGACUUUCCGUCGCCCGGGGUCCUUUUCCGGGACAUCAGCCCCAUGUUGAAGGACCCCGUGGCCUUCAAAGCGGCCAUCGACCUCCUGGAAUCCUAUAUCAAGGCCUCCCACAAGAACAUUGACUACAUCGCAGGCCUCGAUUCCCGCGGCUUCCUCUUCGGGCCAGUUUUGGCCCAGAGGUUGGGGGUUGGAUUCCUGCUCAUCCGCAAGAAAGGGAAGCUCCCGGGAGCCACCGAAUCCAUCUCCUACGCGCUGGAAUACGGCAAGGCGGAACUGGAAGUCCAGAAGGACGCAGUGAAGCCAGGGCAGAAAGUCAUCAUAGUGGACGAUCUGCUGGCCACGGGAGGUACCAUGCGAGCCGCCUGCGAGUUGAUGACAAAGCUGCAGGCCGACAUCUUGGACUGCCUGGUGCUCAUUGAGCUAUCCUUCCUCAAAGGCGUAGAGGCCCUGAAGCCCUUUCCCCUCUACUCACUCUUGCAAUACCACUGAUGCCUUGGGUUAGUCCUCCCCGCCAUCCCGUAGGCUCCACUGUCCAAUUUCCCAGUCCUGACUUCCCGAGGGAGGGGGGGAGCUGCCACUUCUCUGCAUGCUGGCCAAACCUUAAGCAAUCCGGAAAGUGCUGGGUGCAGUUCCUUACGUGGUUAAGCAGCACACAGAGUACCUUAAAUACGAUUUGAAACCUGAACCAAGGGCAGCCAAAGCUGUUUGGCAAUAGAGCCCCACUAACCACACGUGCUGGGGCACAUGUGGAUCUGUCCCCAGGAAGGAUGAUGGGGACUCUGAUGUUCAUCUCAAACGCAUCAAUGUUCCCUUCCAGAAGCUAGAGGGAAGUAAGAGGGGCCCAUGGCCUCCAGAAGGCCAGAUUGCUGGGCGAGUCUUAAGCAACCCAUUUCACUUCACUCUUAAUCCCACUCACUGAGUCCAGUCCUGCAAAUGUUCCUGGCAAUCCCACUUCGAUAAGGCCAGCUGGAGUAGAGGCUAAACGUGUCCGCCUGCAUAGUUUGGAUCACUUAUUAGGCGAGGAUGUGCUUUGUUCCUAGCUGCCCUGCAAGGGGAGAGCUCAGUGUUGUGACUAGAGGGCUCCUUAUCUUAUGCUACCCUAGAAAUGGCUGGAAGGAAGAAACCCGUCUGUAAAACUAUUUGCUAUUAAAGACACGCUGCUCUUGUA